ACGUAUCCUAAACCCCACUACUUCACUUUGACAUUUGACAUAACCUCACAUUUCCCCAUCGUAUUUUCUCACGAAAAUGCCCUUAAAGGGAGCCCCUCCCGUUUGCCUGAAAUGCGAAACCAGCGAGUCACCUCUGUGGACUAACGCCGAGAACCUCGGUGCGAUCUGCCUCGACUGUGUGAACGAAGCUAAAGAUAACCUCAAAUCCGAACAAGACGAUGAAAACGACGACAAGUCGGAGGAUUCGAGAUCAAUUAAGCGCAAACAGCGUACUACCAGGUCGUAUAAAACACGCUUGAACCCUUUCGCUCUACCAAAAACCGGCAUCCCCAAAGGCAGAGGCAGGAGGGGGCUGUUCAAGAAGACUCCAAUUAAAGCACCAAGUGCAGUUGCAACAACAAUCACGUCAGAAUCGAUCUUCUAUAAAGGUAGCUACAUCCAAGUUGGAGACAUUGUUUCAAUGCAGGAUGAAGAUGGGGGUAUUUAUUAUGCGCAGAUUAAGGGGCUGAUGACUGAUCAGUAUUGCGAGAAGAGUGCGGUUGUGACGUGGUUGUUGCCCACGCAGGAGAGUCCGCCGCCAGAGGAGGCGUUUGAUCCCGCAACUUAUAUUAUUGGUCCAGAAGAGGAUAUACCAAGGAAAUUAGAGUGUAUGGAGUUUGUGAUGCACGCACCUUCAGAUUAUUAUAAGUCGAGGACGACACCAUACCCCAUGGUGCAUGCACCAGCUCAACCUGGAUAUAUUUGGACUUCAUUAGAGACUAUUCAAAAGUUACGAGGAAAGUGAAGUGCGUUUUUGUUUUUUCUUGUAUAUUAAGGUUUUGAGAAAUGAUUUGCUUUAUACUGGAAAAUAUAAUUUUCUAUUUCUAAA